UAGGGGAUAAGCAACUUGAGAAACAUUCCUAUCUUCUUCUCCAUCUAAUCUUGAAGAUGUUUUCAACUGCCAUGGAUCACCUCAAAUGUCAACCUUUCUUAAUUCUUUUUGUCUCCUUCAUUGGCUUCAUCUCCUUCUUCAAAAACUCCAUUGUUUUUCUCAGAUGGAUAUUCAAUACAUUUUUCAGAACUCCAAAGAAUCUUAUUCAAUCCUAUGGCUCUUGGGCACUCAUCACUGGCUCAACUGAUGGAGUUGGAAAAGCUUUUGCUUUUCAACUUGCCCAAAAAGGUCACAACCUAAUAUUAGUAGCAAGAAACUUCAACAAACUACAACAAGUUUCUUAUGAAAUCCAAGUUCAAAAUCCAAACACCAAAAUCAAGAUUAUUGUUGUAGACUUCUCUGGUGAUGUUACCAAAGGGAUUCAAGAAAUCGGAAAGGCAAUUAAAGGGUUAGACAUAGGUGUUUUAAUUAACAACGUUGGUGUCACAUAUCGAAGAGCCAUGUUUUUUCAUGAGGUGGAUGAGAACAUAUGGAAAAAUUUAGUGAAAGUAAACUUGGAAGGUACCACCUUAGUGACAAUGGCGGUUUUACCAGGAAUGAUACGGAGAAGAAAGGGUGCCAUCGUGAAUAUGGGUUCUGGUGCCUCCAUUGUUGUACCUUCUCAUCCUCUAUACACCAUCUAUGCUGCAACUAAAGCGUAUAUUGAUCAGUUGUCAAGAUGCUUAUACGUUGAAUACAAACACCAUGGUAUAGAUGUUCAGUGUCAGGUACCGUUGUAUGUUAAAACGAAGAUGACUUCAAGAGUUGCAAGCAUAGAGAAAUCAUCAUUGUUCAGUCCAUCAGCAGAGGAGUACGCAAAAGCAGCAGUAGCACAAAUAGGAUAUGGUUGGAGGAGCAUGCCUUACUGGCCACAUUCACUUCAAUGGUGGUUUGCUUCUUCGUUGCCUGAAUCUCUUCUAGAUGCGUGGCGCCUCUCCAUUGGCCUCAACAGGAGGAUUCAGACUUAAUUGCCUUGGUCCCUUCACAAUAUUUUGAUUAAUCUUUCAUAGACAAAGAAAUAUUUACCAAAGAAUAUAAAAUUACUUUAUGGAAAGCUUAAUUGCUUUGGUUGUAGAUUUUUUUUAUGGGAGCUUGCCCCUAGCCUAGCUAGCUAGCUCUUGCCCGACUUAUCGUCUUUCAAACGUCUUUAGAACUGUUACGUUGCUAAAGCAAUACUUGGACUUUUAUUUUGACCUGAAUCAAAAUUCCUUGUACCCGAAUUAAAAUUCAAUCAAACGCGAGAUAAAAUAAUCUCACAAUUUAU